UGUCCUGGGACAAUACCCAAUAGGGCUAGCUCCGCCUAUGGUAUGUAUGUAUAACUUGUCAAAUUCAGUUAUGAUAAUAAACAAAGCAUGUCCUCCGUUACCCAUUAUAUUAGUGUUCAGGUUUUAUAUAUAUCCAGGAAAAAUUCCAUUUGUUGGGCUUGUAUUAUGCCAACCAAACUCGAUAAUACGCUCCAUCAACCCGAGCCAUAUUGAGAGGCAAUCUUGAAGGACUUUAGUUGGUGCGAGGCUCGUGAUAUCGACAAUCGCCUGUUGAGCUCGACUCCAAAUGUGUGGUCUAACUUCUCAAGAUCGAGCAUCGAGCGCUUGGACCACCAGCAUGUCGCCAUUGUUCACCGUUUCUAAGAUUUGCUCACUCAAAUAGGAGCUGUCUAUCUCCCAUAUUUACCGUGAGGAUAACAAGUGCGUUGUUUUUCUUGAAGUAGAGGACAUUCUUUGUCCUUUGGUUUCAAUAACAUUUCAGAUUAAGCAUCAUUUUAGCUUGUAUGAUUAUAAUGGACUUUCAGUCCCUCAUUUCUUCUUAUUUACAAACCAAUUUAUGUUUUAUUUUUACGUUGAAUGGAAGUUGGGAUGAGUUGCAACCAUUUAUAAGGAACACGUUUAUUGAGAAGUAGGUGAUCUAAAAGUAGAAAAACAUGUUGCUAAAGUAUUUAGCAUAAUUUUUUUUUUUAUAUCAUCCAUUCAUCAUUGUGAAAAAGCAAUUUGGAGAAUAAGUUAAGAUUUCAUCAAAGGUUUUUGGAAGUAUAAUAAAAUUACGUAGUGACUAUCCAACAAUAAUCUGAAAAUACUGAUUGUCCCACAACACAAUACCAGUUUCAAGAAAUGUUAAAAUGUUAAUUUUCAAUUAACCCUUUUGUUGCCAUAUGACCUGACAAACGUUUCCUUUCCUGGUGAUUCUCCCACCCCCACAUACCAUAUAUGCUUUGGAUGGUUAUGGAAAUUUACUGCAACGGAGGUUUUGACCUGUGAAUGUGGGGUUUGACCAGGGGCAAAAUGGUCAAGAGGAGCAGAGGGUGUUCCUUUUGUCUAAGGGCAGAUGAUACAUACAGUAGUUAGUGGUAGCUGAUGAACUCAAAUUCUUUUUUCUUAUAAUGCAAACAAAAUUGGGAUAAUCAAAAGCCUAAAUAAAUAAAUAGCAAUCAGCCCCAAAGGGAAAUGAAAAGAAGGAUCCAAAGAAGAAUGAAAAGGAAAGGGGGAAGGGGCCACCCACCAUAAACAUAGAUGUCUUCUUCUUUUCUUUCAACCAUGUGAACCAGCCCACAAGCUCUCCGCCAUCAACCUUUCCAUUCCCACGAAAGCGCUUUUUUUUUUUUUUUUGGUAGAAAAAAGCUCAAUUGAUAUUGUGUGAAAAUUCCAACUAUAUUAUGUGAAUAUUACCAACUCUAAUAAAAAUCAAAAUUGAAGAAAAACUAUUAAUUAUUUACCCCUCAUAAAUGGAUCUUACACGAUUUUAAAUAAGCAGAGCAAGGUCGACCUCUAUAGAUUUCUAGGCAAAUUCCAAUAUUAAAUUUCAAUUUUUACUUUACAAGCCAACCCUACACAUUGAGCUCUGGUUUGUUCUACGUCUGUUUAGGGAUGGCAAUAAAACCCGAACCCACGGGUGCCCACCCGACCCAACCCGGUUAACGCGGGUAAAAUCCGUGUUGACGGGUUUUGGGCCGGGUUUGGGUUUUAACCCGUUUACUAUUCAUCGGGUUGGGUUUGGGUUUAGGUAAACCCAGUCCAUGGGUACCCGCCCACAACCAUAUAAUUAAUUUUCUCGGCAUAUUUAAUAUUCUAAACAACUAAUCUUAUUUAUGUUUGUGGAGACAUGUCUAAUUUUUUCUAUCUAGUUGUGUAAAAUGAAUUUGAUGUUAUCGAGUGGAGAUUGAAAAACUUAAUUGAAAGGAAGAAGCUUUCAAUUAAUCAUGUUAUUUAUGGAUAAUUUUUUAUUUGCUUCAAUUUUCUUGAGUUUUCUAGAUUGGUGUUGAACAAUUUGUAUAGUUAAUUUGUGAUUUGCUUGAAUUUUCUAGAAUGGUGUUUUAUAUAUGGAUAAUUUGUAUUGAGAGAUUGAUAUUUGACGUUAAUUUUGAUAGGAACUAGUUAUUGUGAAUUUUUUAUAACAAAAACCCGUGGGUACCCAUGAACCCACGGAUACCCAGCGGGUUGGGUUGGGUUUGAGUUUUUCAAACCCAGUGGAUUUUACCCCGGGUUUUUUCACGGAAACUCAAACCCAGUGGAUUUUACCCCGGGUUUUUUUCACGGAUAAACCCAUGGGUUUGGGUUUGAGUUUGGCAAAACCCGACCCAACCCGACCCAUUGUCAUCCCUACGUCUGUUACUUAUAUGCUACUUUUAAGUGCAACAUUCAUCUUGCGUAUAUCUUUCCGAGUGAAAACUUUAUAUAGUGCAUCAACGUACUCGUCAUUUACGUUGCAUGAUUAGCUUGUCAAUCGUCUAAAAAUGAAUCGAGUCUUGGGAGUUCUUGAUGAAGAUGGCCAAAUAUAACCCGAAAGCUCUUAAUUAAUUUUUUACCUGUUCAAAAUAGGAAUAUUAAUACUUUCUCGUCAUUAAAUGCCUGCUUAAUUGGCACUGACUACUUAAGGUAAGUGUAAGUAAUUAACUAACUGCAUCUGCUCUGCUCAACCUGUCAUUCCAAUUAAUAGAAACUGAACUCUUUUUUUUUAAUUUGAAUUUGAACUAUGUUAUUGUUAUUGUUAUUUUAUUUCCAAUAGAAACUGAACCCUCAACCAGUAAUUAAUUAAUUAUUUAUUUAUUUAUUUAUUAUAAGAGCUUUAAUAAGCAAUUCAGGAUGAGAUGGCGGGUCGUAAUCUUUAGGCCCUUAUAAACAAUAUUCUAGCCUAACGUUUUUAUUCUUAUUUUUAAUGUCGUUAUGUUCAAAUUUCGAAAGCUAAAAAAUAAAAUGGCAGGGAGAGGCAAAUUAUUAAUUAAGUUGCAUGCUAAUAUAUAAUAAAGAUAAUAGGAAAGCUAAUAAAAAAAUAAUAAUAGGAAAGGAAGAAGCUUCCUCCGGUGUAGGGUUCAAACCUUUGAAAUCUUUGUUCUUCUCCCUCUCUUCCUCUAACCAGCAGUCUGGCCGUGAAGGGCGGAGCCAGGUGCUGACUGCUGAGCUUUACUUAUUAAUAAUAAUAAUACCAAACAAACAAAAGACAGAAGCUGAAGAGGAAGCCAAAGGAAAAGGGGAAAAAAUAAAACCCUAGGGGAUCAUGGUGCUCUUUUGGCUCUUUAGUCUUCCAGCCCGUCCUUGUUCCGCUCCCAAUCUCCUCCCGUUAAUUACGGAUUAUCUUCCUUUAAAUAAGGAAACGAAAUAUCUAAAUAUACAUUGUUUAGAAGGUUGAUAACAACUACUACAAUCCAUACCAAAACUCAAUGUACUAGCUAGUAUGAAAUAAAGAGACGGUCUUCCUAACUAUCAAAUUGUUCUACCCACAAAUCUUAUCAUGUAUCUUGGGUUAUCUACACAGAGCCAACUUAUCUCUUCCAAAAUUACCCUACGACAUCUUUAGUGGUUGCGACAUUGACCUUAUCAAUAAUUAUCUUGGUGUUGCCUGAAGGUUGAAAGACAAAUAUAUAUAUAUAUAUAUAUAUAUAUAUAUAUAUAUAUAUACAUAUCUAACUUGGAGCAUAAAUGGCUAAAGUUGGUUCUCUCGUUUAGCGAGAGUCUCGGAGCGGCGGAGCUAGGGUUUUCCUAGGUUUCCGAGGUGAAGAAGGCUAUUGAUUACUGAUCGAACAAGGAUCUCUACUCCUAAAAGGAAUAGAGGUGCCUGGGAAAGAGUAUUUCUACCUACGUAGUACUUGUGUCAUACAAUCAUAUAAAGGAAUCCCGAAGGAGUUUUUUGAAGCAACAGAAACGCGAGGAAAGCAAACCCUAAAGUUUCAAGUUUUCUCUACUACUGAAACUUUGGCCUGCUGCUUGAGUUUUAAGCGAAACAAUGGAAGAGCUACAACCUGCUGAAAACGGGAAGGAGGAUCUCAAUGUGGAACCUGAAGAACUGCGAAGCACUGCUGAAAGUUUAGAGAUAGAUCUGGACAAGAUAAACCUAGAAGAUGAGGAUGAUACACCGCUGGAUGUGGAGGAUGGUGAUGUAGAUGUUCUCCGAAUGGAAGCUGCCAGACAACUGGGGCUGAUUGGUCGCCUGCUAGCUGAUAAACAGCCAAACAUCAGAUCACUGAAAAUAGCCUUAGCUAAGGCUUGGAAUCUAAAGAAAGGUUUCCAGAUUACUGACCUGGGAGAUAUGCUAUUUGCGUUCCAAUUCUUGGACCAGGAUGACAGAAACAAGGUAUGCUUCGGAGGCCCCUGGCAUUAUGAAAACAAUAUCAUGAUUUUUAUAUCUAGCUUGCUUAUCAAGAAACCAACUCCUAAGGCACUACAUAUGAUUGAUAUUUGGUUUCAAAUCAAAGAAUUCCCUGCUAAGUUGAGAACUCAGAACAUGGCAGAGAAGAUUGCAAACGGAUUUGGUUCUCUAGUAUGGUUUGAUGAUAGUUCUGGCACUAUGUGGGAUACUUACAUGCGAAUGAGAGUCAGCAUAUCCAUCAACAAUCCUCUAAAGAAGAAAAUUAAACUGAAUAUAGGAGGAAAGUUGGUGGAUUACCUGGUGAAGUACGAGAAACUCCCCAUGUUCUGUUACUCAUGUGGGAGAAUAGGCCAUCCAAAGCUGAGGUGCCCUAAACCAUCAGGCCUGGUACCUAACCCCUUUGGAAUGGACCUCCAAAGGAGUCUCCCUGGACCUCGAAACUGGCUAUCACACUCAUCAAAGAGGGAGGAUGCUGAACUAUGGGCAUCCCUGAGAAAGAAGUUUGACAUGGAAAGUGUCAGUUCUAAUUCUUGUGGUGAAAGAGCACCAUCUGAAGAGAUGGCAGAACCUGAAACUAUUACAAAUGCUACACAGAGAAUGCUAGAAGGUAAGGAACCAGGAAAUAGAGUGGCAGGAGAGCCUGGCAAAGAUGAAACGCAGGAGAAAAUGCACUCUCCACUGGUCUUGAAAGAGAGCUCGGGGGCACCAACAACCCCACAAGAAAAUGUCCAAAAGAUGACUCACACUGAAAGGAAAAUACAGAAGCAAGGAAUAGAGGGAGCAACUUAUGGUCCUACAUCAGCAAAAGUAGGUCAGGGUGGGGCAUUGCAACAGUUUGUACUAGGUACAAACAACACCUGGCCACCAAAAAGAAGCAUGAACAGGGUUUGGAGAAGGCAGGAACAGACUAUGCCAAGAUUCCAAGUUAAAACACAAAUCACACCACAGAAAAGGGCAGAAAAGGAAUGUACAGAGAUGGAAUUAGGAGAGGGAGAUGAAACACUUAAGAGCAAAAAAUCAAAAGUUCUUACCUUUGAGAAGGAAGAAGAGAGACUGAACAUUGUGGGACAACCGAUGAUCAUGGAUGGCGAAAAGGCGGACCCUGCUAAAGAGCAGGGCCGCCCAGCCCAAUGAACAUCAUCAGCUACAACUGUCGUGGGCUGGGGAAAACCACGACAGUUGCCAGAGUAGCUGAGCUACUGAGGGAGCAAGACCCCAACAUUGUGUUUCUUAUGGAAACAAAGAAAAAAGAACAUG